AUCCUUAAGCUUGUUUGUGUCUUCAUGAAUUCAUCGCCAUCUUCUUUUUCUUCUCUCAAAGAAGCCCACCCGCUGCUGGGAUUACUGCCACCAACUCCUUUUGUCUCUGAGCAAAGAUGUCGGCGACGCUAACGGGAUCAGGAACUGCCUUGGGCUUCUCAUGCUCCUCGAAGAUCUCGAAGAGAGUCUCCUCCUCUCCGUCCACUCGCUGCUCCGUCAAGAUGUCAGUCUCCGUCGACGAGAAGAAGAAGAGCUUCACCCUUCAGAAAUCCAAAGAAGCUUUCAACGCCGCCAAGGUCAGUGAAGCUGAUAAUUCAUUGCCUUUGGACAUACACAAUCAAGUGUUUCAACUUGUAGAGAAGGGAAACGAUGCAUUCAAAGAAUCUCGCUUUGAAGAGGUAAGAGAGAUGCGGAAGUUGAUCCGGACAUCAAAAAUAAUUCUAAGAAGCAGAAGAAAGAGUUGGUUAAAGCUGAGAAAAAGGCACCACCUCCAAAGAAGGUAGAGACCAGCACUAGUUCUGAUUCUGAGGAAGAAGUCAAGAGGUAUAACUUCAGUUCACUUGAUUUGUAGUUUUGUUUUAAGUUGAACUUUUGUUGAUAUGCUUAGGACUUUUAUAAGGUUGACUUGAAAUUACUAAUAGUUUUAUUUGAGUACUCACGUUAACUGUAUUGCUUUUAAUCUGGAGGCUGCCCCUGUGAAGAAGCAACCAGCAAUCCCUAAAAAAAACAAGGCAGAGAGCAGCUCUUGUUUUAUUUUCAUUGAUAUAAUGCCCAAGUAAAUCAAGUCGUGAGUGGGGCAUUAGAUCGUUUGCACUAUGAGCGGGACCCUUGUGUACAAUUCGAUGCUGAUAGGAAGCUGUGGGUGUAUCUACACAGAGACAGAGAAGAAGAAGAUUUUGAAGAUGAUGGUACUUCAUCCACUAAGAAAUGGAAGAGGCCGAAGAAGGAAGCAGCAGAGCAAACAGAGGAACAAGAAGCUGUUACUGGAGCGUUUAAUGGGGAUGAAGAGCAAACCGGAAAUGAGAUGGGUUCAGAAAAGAAGACUGUCGAGCCUGCUGGUGUAGACUGGGAUCAAGGAGCAGCGGACCAACUUUGUAAUGGGGCUGGACAAGCUGCAGAGGAGGAGCAAGAUGUUGAGAACACUGCGCAGGGUAAUGAGACAACGAUGUGGGAGCCUGUUGUUUCAAAUCGUGUUGAGGAUAACACAUUUAUCUGCCAAGAGAACUCAGUGGCUGAUGAUUUUGACGAUGAAACAUGAUUGCUGAGAUGCAUUGAUACCAAGUAGGUUUCGAACUCUUUUUUCUUUUUUUAUUUUGUUGGAUUGAUCAGAUCAUCAUACAUAGUCCAAGAGAACUCAGUGGCUGAGAUGCAUUGAUACCAAGUAGGUUUAGACUUGUGUGAAUAUAGUAUAACAAAGUUUAAAUUCCUAA